AUGGCUAGGUACCAUCUAGCCAACCCAAACUCCAAGAGUCCACUAGGAUUUGGUGGCUUUGCAACUACCCUGAUGACCCUUUCGCUCUCGAUGAUGGGCUUUCGGAGCGUUUCCAACCAGACAGUAUUCAUUGGAAACCUUUGCUUCCUAGCAGGGGUAGGCCUCUUGAUAUCUGCGCAAUGGGAGAUGGUGAAGGGAAACACUUUUACGUACACCGUUCUCUCCGCAUUCGGAUUUUAUUAUGGCGGUUACGGCGUAAUGCUGAUGCCCUCGCUCGGUGUUAUAGAGUCCUAUGGCGGAGAAACCGCCGAAUAUCAUAGCGCCUUUGCGUUCUAUCAGCUAAUUUGGUGUUUUCUGAAUUUCUUUUUCUUGCUUGCCGCUUUGCCAACGAAUGUCCCGAAUAUUGUCGUCUAUGCUGCCUUGGAACUGUGCUAUAUCUUUAACUGUACGGGCCAGUUUAUGCGGGCAGAUGGCAGGUCGGCUUUAGCUGAGGCUUUCACAAAGGUGGCUGGUGCCUUUGGCUUCGUAUCGGCAGUGGCUGGCUUCUAUCUGCUGGCACAUGGUUUGUGUCAGGAGACAUUUCCAUUUGAAAUUCCCUUGUGUGAAACCCGUGGACUUUUUCGGCGUGCAGUUUCGGUCGGUGAGAAGGGUGAUGGCAUGAGUUCUGUUUGA